GUCAUUUCAAAGCCUCCAAUAUCGGCUACGCCUCGGACUGGAAUUAAUUGCUUGGAAUUGAAAUCCCGUCCAGUCCUCAUUGUCGGUUUUGAAAUAUUACUUCAAUGUUUGCAACGCAGAAUCUGAAAACGCGCCAAACCGUUUCAAGCAAGCAGUUUAGCAUGUCAUGUAGCUUGAUAUUCCUAAGAGCCUUUUAUUCGAGGUCCUAAUGACAACCAUUCAUUUGCGACUUCUAACCUAAGACAGCAGGUGCUGCAUGACACCCAACAAAAAUUAUGGUCGCAAAGAGUUCGAGGUUUGCAAAACUGUUGCUGAUGAUCAGGGCAGACGAGUCGCAAACGAAUUACUGCUAAGCAAGAUGGAAUGGGAUUAUCACGAACUUCAGAGACAUUUCAUGGAGCAAAUUUGUCAAAGCAAGAGAAGUUAUGGCAGUGAUCGAUAUACCUGGUUAACAGCUUUGGUUAACGAUGACUAUGUUCCUGCAGCGAUAGUUUUGGGUCACUCGAUAAGAACGCUUUCUUGCGUUAAGAAUAUGAUGGUUCUUGUGACUGAUGAGGUUAGCUUUUUUGGACGUGAUGCUCUUGCAAGAGUUGGAUGGGAUGUGCGAGUUGUGGAAAAAUUGGAUUGUCGAUGGAUGGAUAAGCAUUUGAGCAACGUGGCUCCCAGUAAAGGAAUAAUUGGGACGUACACUCGAUUCCAUGCAUGGAACUAUACUCAGUUCUCUAAGAUCAUUUACGCAGAUCCUGAUUACAUGCUUUUAAGUAACAUUGAUGAACUGUUUGAAGAGACUGCAGACUUUGCAGCGACUUACUGUUCCAGACCAGGAGUGAUUGAUCCUUGCUUCAAUGCAGGUCUUCUGGUGUUCAAGCCAGAUUCUAAACAGCAUCAAUCCAUCAUGGAUCUUUGGGAAAAGAUCUCAAGAGAGGAGAGCUGUCCCAGUGACCAAGAGCUACUGUGGUAUUACUUUGCUAAUACAGGAAAGUGGAAGCCAUUAUCGUACGCGUACAAUGUAAGGAGAAUAAUCUACCGUCCGAUGAAGGCCUUCCAUUUCGCUUGCUGUCCUCCACCCAAGCCAUGGAAGGAGAAAUGUCGCCCAAGUCGAGGCGAGGCAAUGCUUUAUGAUCAACCUAUCACUAAUCUCAAAGAGGUUUCCAUUGUUUUCUGGAAAUGUUUCUAUGAAGCACUGUCAGUAUACAACAUAGAUAGGUGGUGGAAGAGUACCAAGUAUUUCAAUCCUGAUUUGGAAUUUGGGAACAUUCCUUACGAGAAUUGCUGGAAUAAGAAUUAUUAGAAUUAUCAGUGAUUGUCAAAGUGACUAGUAACAUUUUUUUAAACA